AUGGCGUUCACCACUUUCGCUCAGGUACUGCUUUUGGCCUCUCUCCUAUUCGUCAGAGCGCACGCGGAUGGCCAGAAGAACAUCGAGCUCAAGUACAAGGAGGUGAACUUGCAGCUCAGACAGCUCGCCACGCCCAUCACGCUACCGGACGUCGGCGUGACCUUGGGACCCGAUCCUGUUGAGGACUUCAACACCGGCGAGCUCCUGGGAUUCGACCAGGGCAUCUGCACCUAUACCGAGACUAACGUAGCGCAGGAGUGCGACUUCUCCUUCAUCUUCUUUGACGGCAGCUCGUUCACAGUGACCGGCCGCUUCGAGACGACGGGUGACCUCGCUGUUGUGGGGGGCACCGGGAACUACACUGGCGCAACAGGCGUGGCCCGCUACAGCAGCUUGACCAGCAACGACGGCUUCUCUACCUACGGCUACAACCAUUUCACCUACAACCUCGCCGUACUUUUCUUGGGCCUGAUGGCCCAAGAAGCCAAUAUCGAAAUUGCCUUCUCACGGGGUGGCUUCCAUCAAAGCGGAAACGCCGACAGCCAGCCGGAAAAGCCCAGGGAAGCGGAAAGAAUUCCCCCUCCCAAAGAAGCGGCCGUUUCGACGGCGGCCAGCGAGAAAAUCUUGGGCACUGAACCGGAAGGGAUCCCCCAACCCGAAGAAGCGGCCGUUUCGGUGGCGGGGGACCCGCAGGCGGUGGCUGGAGAUAGCUUUCGGGGCGUGCUGCUUCUAGCCUCCCUGCUGUUCGUCAGCGCGCGCGCGGAUGGUCAGAAGAACAUAGAGCUCAAGUACACGGAGGUCAACUUGCAGCUCAGGCAGAUUGCGACGCCCUUCACGCUACCGGAGGUCGGCACCACCUUUGGAACCAUCAGCUACUUCAACGAUCCCUUUGAGGACUUCAACACCGGCGAGCUCCUGGGUUUCGACCAAGGCAUCUGCACUUGGAUUGAGACUGACGUAGCGCAAGAGUGCGACUUCUCCUUCAUCUUCUACGACGGCAGCUCUUUCACCGUGACAGGCCGCUUUGAGACGACGGGCGACCUCGCUGUUGUGGGGGGCACCGGGAACUUCACUGGCGCAACAGGCGUGGCCCGCUACAGCGGCUUGACCAGCAACAACGGCUUCUUUACCUACGGCUACAACGUCAGGAUCUUCGUGCUCAAGCGUCCAAUUCGUCUCGAGGCGCUCACCGCAUAG